AUGGAUCAGAUGUUCAACAAGGUUGGAUCCUACUGGUUAGGUCAGAAGGCGAACAAACAGUUUGACUCUGUCGGCAAGGAUGUCAACUCGCUAUCAACGAGCAUCGAAGGAGGAACAAAAUGGUUGGUCAACAAAUUCAAAGGAACAAUGCAGAAGCCGUUGCCUGAGUUGCUAAAAGAAUAUGAUUUGCCUGUUGGGAUCUUCCCACGCGAUGCUACAAACUACGAGUUCGAUGAGCAGACAAAGAAACUGACGGUGAUGAUUCCAUCAGUCUGUGAAGUUGGCUACAAAGACUCGUCUGUCUUGAAAUUCACCACGACAGUAACAGGACGUCUCGAAAAAGGGAAGCUAGCUGAUUUGGAAGGAAUGAAGACAAAAGUGAUGAUAUGGGUCAAAGUCACAAGCAUCUCUGCAGAUUCAUCAAAGGUCUAUUUCACUGCAGGUGUGAAGAAGAGCAGAAACCGAGAUGCUUAUGAGGUUCUUCGAGAUGGUGUUCGCGCCGAUAAAUUUUAA